CGCCAUUUUGAAGUGCGAACCAGUCCUGGGCUUCCCCACCCUGGGGGCGGCGGUGGCGAGGACGACGACGACGCCAGCGGAGGCCCGGCGCCGAUGGAUGCUAUGGCAAGCCCAGGGAAAGAUAACUAUAGAAUGAAAAGUUAUAAGAACAAAGCCCUCAAUCCCCAAGAAAUGCGGAGGAGAAGAGAAGAGGAAGGAAUACAGCUUCGAAAACAAAAAAGGGAAGAACAAUUAUUCAAACGCAGGAAUGUCUGCCUUCCGGGAAAUGAUGAGUCCAUGUUAGAAAGCCCAAUCCAGGAUCCUGACAUCAGCUCUACUGUGCCUAUCCCAGAGGAAGAAGUUAUUACAGCAGAUAUGGUGCAGAUGAUUUUCUCAGAUGAUCCCGAUCAACAACUUACCGCAACACAGAAGUUUAGAAAACUACUUUCUAAAGAACCUAACCCACCAAUAGAUGAAGUUAUACAGAAACCAGGAGUUGUUCAAAGGUUCGUGAAGUUUCUUGAAAGAAAUGAGAAUUGUACUCUUCAGUUUGAAGCUGCAUGGGCUUUAACAAACAUAGCUUCUGGAACCUUUCUUCACACCAAGGUUGUUAUUGAAACGGGAGCUGUUCCAAUUUUUAUUAAACUGCUUAAUUCUGAGCAUGAAGAUGUACAGGAACAGGCAGUGUGGGCUCUUGGUAAUAUUGCUGGAGACAAUGCAGAAUGCAGAGAUUUUGUUUUGAACUGUGGAAUACUUCCACCUCUGUUAGAAUUGCUAACCAACUCGAACAGGCUCACAACCACCCGAAAUGCUGUCUGGGCACUUUCAAAUUUAUGUAGAGGCAAGAACCCACCGCCAGACUUCAGUAAGGUGUCACCUUGUUUAAGUGUCUUAUCAAGACUGUUAUUUAGCAGCGAUCCAGAUGUAUUAGCCGAUGCCUGUUGGGCCCUGUCUUAUCUUUCGGAUGGACCUAAUGAUAAGAUCCAGUCAGUUAUUGAUUCUGGAGUCUGUCGAAGAUUGGUAGAACUUUUGAUGCACAAUGACUAUAAGGUGGUUUCCCCUGCAUUAAGAGCUGUUGGUAAUAUCGUGACUGGUGAUGACAUUCAAACACAGGUAAUUCUGAAUUGCUCUGCUUUACCCUGUCUCUUGCACUUACUGAGUAGCCCAAAGGAAUCCAUUAGAAAAGAAGCUUGCUGGACAGUUUCUAAUAUCACUGCCGGAAAUAGAGCACAGAUUCAGGCUGUCAUCGAUGCAAAUAUUUUCCCGGUUUUGAUCGAGAUUCUCCAGAAAGCCGAAUUUCGAACCAGAAAGGAAGCAGCGUGGGCCAUCACUAAUGCAACAUCGGGAGGCACUCCUGAACAGAUAAGGUAUUUGGUAGCACUGGGUUGCAUCAAGCCUCUCUGUGACCUUUUGACUGUGAUGGAUUCCAAAAUCGUUCAAGUGGCUUUAAAUGGACUCGAAAACAUUUUGCGCCUUGGAGAACAAGAAUCUAAGCAGGGUGGGAUGGGCAUCAAUCCCUACUGUGCCCUCAUUGAAGAAGCUUAUGGCCUGGACAAAAUCGAAUUUCUGCAGAGCCACGAAAACCAGGAGAUUUAUCAGAAAGCCUUUGAUCUAAUCGAACAUUAUUUUGGGGUGGAAGAAGAGGACUCCAGCAUUGCACCUCAGGUGGAUGAGAACCAGCAACAGUUUGUCUUUCAGCAGCAGGAAGCCCCAAUGGAAGGGUUCCAGCUGUAACCCGGGGCGGUUAAAGCACCCCGAAAAUUGUGGCUUUUUUCCGGCAACUCUGUAGUGGCUGAAAUCAGAAGGAAAGUUUGGGAUUUACGAAGGACAGACAAGGAAGCAGUUCAUGCACUUUUUUUUUUUUUAAAACAAAAUUCUGUUUUGCGACAACUCCUCGUUCAUAGCUUCUGGGGCUUGCGUUUCUUUCUGUUUUAGAUACGCCUAAACUGACUUUAGGAGUAACCAACGCUGGAAGGGAACCUCAGUCAGGUUUUAGGUAGCUCUGAAUUUUUCAGGCUUUCUCUGAAACGGUUCCCUAGUAGUCCGGCUACUGACAGUUGCAUUUUGGCAGAAAAAUCUGACAUGCCCGAUUUCUAUUGAAUCUACCUCUGUUUUGAAGCAAAGCAGUGUAGUUGCUUCAGAACAAAAGCAUGAAAUAAAAGGCAAAAAGGGUAAGAGCAAAAUUAGAAUGUGAAAAUAUUUAUUUAAAUUGUAAAACACUGUGUUGUACAUUGUACGUAGCAAAAGAAGAGAGACCUGUGAAGUCUAUUUAUGAAACAUUUAAAGAUCAUUUAAACAUAUGCUGAUAACUAGAUUUUGUUUUUAAAAAUGUGGCACAAAGGCAUCAGUUGAAACAAAGGAAAGCUGUUCUGCUUUACGGGGACACAGAUGACAGUGUUUACUUUUCUUAAAACACUCGAACGUUUGCUUUAUUAGAACAUGUGUAAAGUUCAGGAGAAUUGUAUUUUUUGACCAAAUAGGCUACCAGUUUUGGGGAGUAGCUCUUCUUUUUCCUCCCUCCCGCAUUUAUUUUUACACAGCAGUGUACCAUGACACAUGUGCCCAUCGUAAAGCUAAGUGCUGCUGUGUGGCUGCAACAAUGAAAUGGUUCUCUCUUUGACUUUUCAGACAGGAAAAAAAUUCACCCUUGUGGGGAAUAAGUAACCUUAGGUACUUGAAUGCUGAAAUCAUUCUUCCUCUCAUUUUGCUCUGUAUUACAUUUUUGUGAAACUUAUUUAAUGUUAUUUGGAGACUAAAUGACCAGUAGUAAUGAAAAGUACUAACAAUUAUUUCAUACGUUUGGAAUCUAUUUUAGAUUUUUGGGGCCUAGUACUCAAAAUGGUCAUAUCCUGCUGCUUGGUGUAUUAUUUAGGUAAUCUAAAAUUCAGUAUUUUGGAUUACUGUAUCUCAUUUAAAUGGUGGUUAGUAUAUUUGUGUCAAAUGUAAUGUUUUGAGAUUAACAGUCAAAAUUCUCUUCAAAAUAUGAAACUCUUUAUAAUAAACCCCCCUGCUCUAAUUUCCUCUUCCCUUGGUUCUGUGUGUGAUAGAAUUUUUUAGACAAUGAUGAAAUCUCCAGAAGAUCUCUAGUACUAAUGAACUCAGUCUUUUAUGGUUGGUAAAUGUAAGCUAUUUAUGUUCUCAUUUCCAGUUACUGUACCUAUAAUACUUUUUUAAACUGUACCUUACAACUGUUUUAAGAUGGGAACGAAGCAGUUUUGAUAUGAUUCUUAGUUCUGCCUACUGAAUGUAUAAAAUAGAAAGAUUUCAUAUCUAUGUAACACCAUUUUCAGUCUGUUUCUGCUGGAAAUCAGAGGCAUGUUUGGGGCGGGGAGUGUACAUAACUGUAAAUUAUAAAUGAGAUGAAGCUUUUAGUGAGCAAGGCACUUAAAACCUACAGAUGUAUAAAAUGUAAGAGGUUUGAGAACAGUGUCCAUUCUGCUAAAUUCAUCUGCCAAACUUUUUUUAUACUGUCACUUAGAGGAUUGUAAUGGUGUCCUUUUUUGUUGUGGUGAAAGUCUGAAGUUAAGUACUCAGUCGUUUUGCAUUAUGUAUUUUCAAAAGUACAGGGUAAUGACAUAGCAUAUUACCAGAUGAAUGCUGAAUUUAUCAGAUAAACAUGUUUGGAGAUAAGGACGAUUCUAAGUAUCAGGUAACAGGGUAGUCCACUGUUUCUAACAAACUUAUGAUAAUGUUGAACACAACAUAAUUCAUAAAUAUGAAAACCAGCUGUGCCUGCUUUUAUUUUGAGAACCCUGUAGACACUGUAUAUAAACCUCUCUAAAUAAGCCAAACCUUUAACACAAAAAAACCCUUAUAAAAGGAGAAAAAUAAUGUAUUUCAGUUUUUGAGGGGACUUGUAGUUUCUGCAGGUAAAUUUGUAUGUCUCUGAGCAGUAAAGUGACUGCACUUUAAACUUUUAAUUACAGAGCUACAUUUCAUUCCAUGGAUCCGCUGUUUAAAAUUAAAACACGAAAUUCUGUGGACUUGAAUUCAUUCUCUUCACAUGAAUGAAGGGGACACUGUCUAAGUAGUUUGAGUCCAGGGUUUGUCAGCCUGAGUUCAACUCCAUCCAUGGUGAUUGCUUACUCAGCAUUCAAAAAUGUUUUAAGAACUGGAAACUUGUUCCGGGUUGGCUACCGUUCACAAGUUUCCAUCCUUAAAAUGUCUCAAACCGAGGCAUUGCCUAUUGUCAGUGAACAUUGUGAAAAAAAAAAUUGCUGAAGGUUUUUUUCCCCCCUUUCAGUUUGUCUAGGGAUCAUGUCUACCGACUCUGUUGUAUUGCACUUUUCCAAGCGAUUAGUACAGUGCUCUGUGGUAAGCACUCGCCAAAUAGCAUUGAUUUAUUGAUCGAUCCAUUUGGACAGAGGAAGGAAAAACUUUGCCAAAUAAGUAAAGUAGAGCAAAGUGUUUUCUGUCUUACAGAACGGCAUUGCGCACUCAACGAAUAAACCAAAAAUCAGAAAAAAGAUACCUGAAAGUGUCCCUUUUAAUUCUUUUAAUUACUCUCUGAGGCUUAUUUUUUAGAAGUAGAACACUGUUUAUUCUGCUGGAUUUGAAUUUCGACUAGUUUAUCUAUGCAAUUACUUAAAGCUAAACCGGAUUUUGUUUCUUCAUAUACUUGACCUAAAUCACCUCUAGUUUUCUACUAAAGAACUUUCAUUGUUACGUUUGUUUUCUCUGAGAAGUUCAUAAUUACUAUUUAAUUUUUUAGUACCAGAUUUUCUUUAGACACCAUUGUUGCCAAUAGCAACCCGAAGAAGAAGCGAAGAAGGAAUGAAACUUGUUGGGACUGAAAUCAGUGAUUCACCUUUAACUGUGGAACGGGCAGGUGGGAGAUCCUUCUCAUUGGGAAGGGGACAGAAAGAAGCACUACUCCUCCAGCUUCUAGCAGGCUCUCAAGGACACACUUAGGAGAAAAUGACACCUGGCUCAUGUUUUUAGUGGGGUUUUUGCAUCCAAUUUUGCAAACACACACACCCAGGCUAAUUUCGGGCUGCUUCAUUGCGAACCGUGAAAUUGGGGGAGAAUUGAAUUAGUUAUUGGGCCUUAAUGGAAGAUACCUUUUUGCAUUUUAAUUCAUGGCACUGUCAUUUUCUGUACUGUGUGAAACUGAAGAGCCUCGAUAGGGAUAGUGCAUCUUUAAACCCCAGUGAAGGGGAGCAGGGAAGGGUAUUAUUGUGUAACUAAGUUAAACCUACACCUUAUGAGAGCGGUAUGCAAUAUUAUGGAAUGUUACAAUACAGUGCUAUAUUAAAUGAAUAAAAAGCAUUAUUUUACA